UGUAUACUAAUCAAACACCUUCUUCACCCACCAUUUUCAUUACCAGGAGAGGCUCCCAAAAUGGCCUUCAACAACAAACCAAAGAAGCCCAUGAUUUCCCCUUCCCAAUCCAAUCUAUGCACCACCCUUUUCUUCAUUGUUCUCUUCACAAUCCCAGCCCUUUUUCUCCUUCACACCCCCACAACCACCUCCAUAUGCACCACCUUUGCCUCCCACGCCAAGCCGGCCUGGUCCGGCGACCUCCGGACCGCCCUGUUUGCGUGGAACAGCCUUCCGUUCGCCGACGGCAGUCGUCCUUCUCCUAUUGCUCUUAAAAUUGCAGUGUUUUCUAGGAAGUGGCCUAUUGGUACCACACCCGGCGGCAUGGAGCGCCACGCGCAUACCCUGCACACCGCUCUAGCGCACCGCGGCCAUGAAGUUCAUGUCUUCACCUCCCCUCCCGCCGACAGCAACAGUCCAAUUUUAUUGUCGGAGUCUUCCCCCUACAUCCAUUGCCAUGAAGGCGAACCGGGCCGGUGGCGAUACAACAAAGCUUGGGAACAAUUUUUGGAAGAGGACAAGCUCAAACCAUUCGAUGUGGUUCACUCAGAAAGUGUUGCACUUCCUCAUUGGAUAGCUCGUCAGCUUCAAAACCUUGCUGUUUCAUGGCAUGGCAUAGCCCUUGAGAGCUUACAAUCUGAUAUUUUCCAAGACUUAACAAGAAAACCAAAGGAGCCCAUUUCUCCUGCUUUCAACCAAAGCAUUCAAGGGGUAGUCCCAAAGGUUUUGAAUGAGAUAAGGUUUUUCAAGAACUAUGCCCAUCAUAUUGCCAUAAGUGAUAGUUGUGGGGAAAUGCUUAGAGAUGUGUAUCAAAUCCCCAUCAAAAGAGUCCAUGUUAUUCUCAAUGGUGUUGAUGAUGGUGAGUUUGGAAAGGAUUUGAGUCAAGGCAUUAAUUUCAGGUCUAAAAUUGGUGUUCCUGAUAAUGCAACUUUAGUCCUUGGAGUGGCUGGAAGACUGGUGAAGGACAAAGGCCAUCCUCUUCUUUAUGAAGCAUUCACCCAGCUCAUUACCAACCACCCCAACGUCUAUUUGAUCGUUGCCGGAUCCGGACCAUGGGAGCAAAGGUAUAAGGAAUUAGGGCCUCAAGUACUUGUUUUAGGGUCUAUGAGUCCAUCAGAAUUGAGGGCUUUCUACAACGCCAUUGAUGUAUUUGUGAAUCCCACGCUUAGACCGCAAGGGCUUGAUCUUACUCUAAUGGAGGCGAUGAUGAGUGGGAAGCCUUUAGUGGCUUCAAGAUUUCCAAGCAUCAAAGGUUCGAUCCUUGUCGAUGAUGAAUUUGGUUACAUGUUUGCUCCGAACGUGGAGUCAUUGUUAGAGGCACUAGAAGCGGUGGUCGGAGAAGGCUCCGAGAGGCUUGCCCGGCGGGGAAAGGCAUGCCGGGAAUAUGCAGCUUCCAUGUUUACUGCUCGGAAGAUGGCAUUGGCAUAUGAGAGGUUGUUCAUUUUAGACCUUAUAGGCGGUCGAAAUGCUAAAGAGAUUGAGUUGCUGGAGAUAAUCAACAAUAAUCGGAGCGCUCGGCCAAUCCAAGAAGAGAUGCCCUUUGUUGAUGACCAAGUUGGAGAGCAAAGAAUCACUUCAAAAGCGUGA